AUGAAUUUCAACGAAUUUGAAAGGCUCAAGACAAGAAUCCCUGAAUCGAUUUCGCAUUUCAGGGAUAUUGAUAAAGAUAUCUCUAAACUACCUCAGUUCAUAUAUAACGAUAAGUUAAUUGAAACAUUAGCGAAUUGUACUUUAUACCAUUUUUUUAAUAAUGCUCAACGAUCGGAUUCAAAUCAUUCACUUCUUCAUUUAUUGGAUAUUAAAUUCGAAUUUAUUAUAGAAAAUCAAAGAGGAUCAACAAUAUUAGGGAUUCCAAUGUAUGCAAAUCAGUUUUUGCUUCAGCCGUUGGAUCCUCCAAGAUUUCAGACUUUGAACGGUAAAGCUUUGGAAAGUGUCCUAAUGUAUCCGCUACCAGGCACAAAUUGGGAAUGGGCCUGGAAUGAGUGGCAUAUUUUAAUGUUAAAUAAUGUGGACGAGAAUGGUUGGACAUACUCUGGAACGAGCUUUGGUAGCAAGCGUUGGAACAGCAGUAGAUAUUUAGGUAAAUUUGUAAGGAGGAGGAUAUGGCUUCGAAUGGCUGAAAGAAAUUUUUCUACGAAAGUUGCUGCGGAUAAUAGUAUAUCUGAGGAGAAUGUUCCAUCAACAAUCAACGUGUUUCCAUUCAAAAACCAAGAAAUCUGA